GGCGCCCGCUUCAAUCGCGGCUUGACGACGCUUCGAGCGAUUUGGAUGCGUAAUCGGCAUUGUUCUCAAGAGCGUAACGUCAACUCCGGACCCUUAACGUGAUGCGAGCCACGUCGAAUGGAUCGAAGCGCUACGUGCUGGUGCGUGUGGUGCCGGAGCGAUAGAAUCGAAAUUAUUUGGACCAAUACGGAAGUUAUCUGACCGAGAAUACCUGAGUGAAUUUCAUUAUGCACUAUGUGAUACGAGGAGACGACACUAGAUAAGGAGUUGGAUGUUUUUCGCGUGUUGAGGACGCGAGAUGAAAGCAGGUGGUUUCCGGCGAGACCAACAAACAGAAACUCGAGGAUCGAAGAAUCGUCGUCGAAUGAUUCUCCUUUCCCGAAAGGAUUCGUAGUACAUGCGACGAGAACGUUGAGGAUUCCGCGCGAGUCGGCGAGGGCGGUGCAUCGAACCAUCGUACUCUGGGCGCCGAUGAUUCCAUCAGGAUCAUUCACUGCCGACGAUUCGAGCUCGUCGAUCGUCACCGAAGCGUCGACGAUCAGUCGCCAGAUUGGCAGCUCAGCGUCAACGCGGGCAACGUAUGCACUUGAGAAUGGAAGUGAGAGUUUGCUCGGAGCCAAUCAGCAGCAGAAGCAGCAGCAGCAGCAGCAGCAGCGCGAUAGUAGUACCGAGUCGCUAUUCUGAAUUCGAAACGGCGGACGAGGAGCGUAAACCGCUUGGAGGGUGCGGGAUUGGAGGGGGCGGCAAGCCGUACCGGAAGCUGUGGGAGUGGGUGGACGGUAGCGACGGGAUAAGGGUGGUGGUGGCGGCGGCGGCGGCAGUGCGGAAAGGGGUACAGGAGGGUAAGCGCAAAAAAUUGCCAGCGGCAGCGGCGGCGAGGACGGAGGGCCGAAGGACAGGCAAGAAGGCGGCGACGGCGGUGAACGGGAAAGGAAAGCGGAAAUCGGAAGCGGAAGAAGAAAGGGGUCGUCCAUCGGCAGGAGGGCCCCACAGAUGCGGGGCCCGCAGGGGCCAGUCCGCGGCGGCGUGACGCGAUGCGGACGUCCUCCUCCUCUUUGCCGAGGAAGAGGAAGAGGAAAGACCUCUCGCCUCCCGACACCGUCCUUCUCACCGGCGACUGGCGACCGUCAGUUAAACAUGUCUUUCGACAGCACUGUCUUCCGCAGCUCGAUAUUAUCGUAUCGUAUCGAACGCGGCAUGAUAUUCUUCACCGGGGACAGGAUGUUUGCUCGACGUGUCAUGAGGUUCCUGGGAAGCUGUGGAAUCGCCAAACAAACGGGAUUUCCGGUGAACGAUGCUGUGAACGAAGUAAGCGGAAAGGAGGCAAAUGCGACAAGGGUAGUGACGACGAAGAAAAUAAACAAGAAAGACGACGACGAAGUGCGAAGGAUAUCGCGAGUAAGGGGACUCUUCGAAGAGUCCCAUCCGAUGGCGGUAUCGCGAAAAGCGUCUUCCUGCUGGCGCUUCUCUGCGCCCAGUGCUGCCUGGCAGGUACCGAAGCUCUGGCCGGCACUCAAAAGUAUUGUACCAGAACAAUUAAGACGCGAUACGGUACUUUGCGCGGCAUUGAAGCUAGAUCGUCGACGGCCGUCGAAACUUAUUACGGCGUGCCGUACGCGACGCCGCCGCUCGGCGCGUUGCGUUACAUGCCACCGGUUACCCCGACACCCUGGCGCGGUAUCAAGUUCGCCGAUACCAUGCCGCCGGCCUGCCCCCAGCGGCCACCGGUACUGGACGAGAGCUUGCCGCGACAGAGACAGGCCUACCUCAAGAGGCUGGUGCCAGUACUGGCCAACCAGAGCGAAGACUGCUUGUAUUUGAACCUCUAUGUGCCCAAAGCUCCUCACGGUAGUAUCGCGGACUCGCUACCGGCUCUCCUCCUUAUUCAUGGCGAUUCAUAUUCGUGGGGCACCGGAAAUUCAUUUGACGGAACUGCCCUGGCUGCUCACGGACGCCUUAUUGUCGUCUCUAUCAAUUUUCGUCUUGGUGUGCUUGGCUUCCUGAAAACCGGUUCGAAAGGGAGCGCGCAGGGCAAUUAUGGAUUGAUGGAUCUGGUGGCGGGGCUUCAUUGGCUGCGCGAGAACCUCGGGGCUUUCGGUGGCGAUCCUGAGCGACUGGCGUUGCUGGGCCACGGCACCGGGGCGGCUCUCGCCAAUUUUUUAGCCGUCUCUCCUAUGGCGAAAGGUAAGGAGUUUAAUUCUGAAGCGGUACAGCGAGAUCCGCUGGCGGUGAAGCGUCGCGUCGCCGAGAAGAUCAAAUGUCCCGGUGACGUCGAGGUUGACGAUAUCGCACCGUGCCUUCGUUUAAAGAGCGUGGAGGAGCUACUGACGGUGCAGCUGGAUCCGCCAAGAUUUACUUCCGGAUUUGCACCCUUCGUCGAUGGGACUGUUCUGCCACCGACAGUCAAUCAGAAUUUCCAGCCUACUGCCUCUUCUUCGGGACUAAUGCCGAUCAUGCCCGGGCCCGGUGCUGAAUUUGCGGACUUCGGCAACCGUGAUUUACUUUUUGGUUUGACAUCCGAUGAAGCUUGGGUGAAUCUCACCGAGGAAGAUUUACAGAACGGCUUGAACGAGACGAGGAGGGAUCGUAUAUUGCGCACUUACGUCCGGAACACCUACCGGUACCAUUUGCAUGAAAUCUAUUCGACUCUUCGGAACGAGUAUACCGAUUGGGAGCGUGGCGAGCAGAGUCCCGUGGCGAUCUGCGAGGGUCUCUUAUCUCUCCUCGGAGACGGCCAAGUCGCCGCGCCGCUCCUCAGACUGGCCUUACUGCAUUCGGCUUCGGAGGGACGUGGCUACUUCCUGCACUUCCAGCCGGGUGAACUGCCGAGCCAGAGAGGCGACGAGAUACCAUAUCUCCUGGGUAUACCUCUUCUUCGCGGCGAAGUCACGUCCGCGGUGCCCACCUUUGGCAACUACACCCCAGCCGACGAGAAUCUGUCGAAACUACUUGUACACUACCUGGCUAACUUUGUGAGGCGUGGGGAUCCAAAUGGCGCGAGUCCUUUGUCCUCGGGAUUGGAAAACGGCCUGGCGACGAGUCCGCCGUUCUGGGACUCGUACGAUUCCAUAAAUCAGCUGUACUUGGAGGCCGCUCAUAGCCCGGAGAUGCGUUCGCACUACAGAGGCCACAAGAUGUCCCUCUGGCUGAAUCUGCUGCCGCAGCUGCAUCGGCCGGGCUACGAGCUCAAUAUGCGGCACCAUCAUCUCGCGGAGAACCCCGGCCUCUACGAGGGCCCGGUGCGUCCUCAAAGCACGGCCGUGCCUCUACCAGCACCUCCGUUACCAAUGCCAUCGCCCACGGAACCCUCCUCGAUACUGACUGUGCUAUCGACUACGGAAUGCACUCCGAAUGCGACUGUCGCGACGACCAUCACGCCUACCACUUCGCGAACAUUGCAGAUCUCGAAUCUAGGUCCGGGCCCUAACAACCUUCUGCGCAAACUUGCGUCUAGUCAUUAUCAGAGCUAUACCACGGCUCUUACAGUCACCAUCGCAGUGGGUGUAUUCUUGCUGCUUCUCAACAUCCUAAUCUUCGCGGGGAUAUACCAUCAGCGCGACCGGAACACAACCAGUGGCAGUCUGUCGGGCACUUUUAGCAAUAAGAAGAAGGAGGAGUUCCUAGAGGCUGGUUGCUCCGGCAUGGAUACUUCGGGUAAACAGCGACUACCGUCUUCCAUGAGCAUGAUAGACUCGCCAUCGUCGAUACUGCCACCGCACAAGGCGAAGCUCGUGCAGGAGCUCGAGUUGCAGUUGCAGGAGUUUCAGUGCUCACCGCCGCCUGGCGGUGGUAAACGGAUCCUGGAACCGCCAUCCUACAGUAAGAGUCCGUGCAUUCAGCGGACCCGCACGCCGUCGCCUUGUGUAGACGCCACCAUCGCCCAGAUGGAUGAUGUCAACAACAUCAGCGGCCUUCACCACGACAGCGAGGACGAUAACGAGGAGCUGCCGGAACCACCGCCCCCGCCCAAGGCCCCGGCACCAAACGUCGGUCUCACAUGCCCUGGGAUUCUGCGGCAACCCGGGACACCUGGUAGCGCGAAGAAGCGCGUGCAAAUUCAAGAGAUCUCCGUGUGAUAGAGUGCGGGAUCUCGGUCUCUCGAGAUCUUUGAUGUUGGAGGGUGUGGUUCGCUGUGAACGAAGUGCGACGAGAGGACAGCAUUAAUAGAGAUCAAGUGUAUUGGCGAGGGACGCCUUUGAAUUCUGAUUAUUAUCGGGAAUCUUCCCAAAGCGCGAGAGUCACGCUCUUCUAAGUCAUUGUCGAAGUGAAUUUCGUUCCUCAUAAUCUCGUGAGAUUAUUACUUCCUUGUAUUCCGUUUGAGGAUAAAUAGCAUAUUCUCGCGCUCACGUGUUCAUUGAGUUCGAUUAACUUGUGCGAGAUGAAAGCGCGAUCACUUUGGCGUAAACGUUCGGCGGCCGUGUUAAUAUAAAUUCUCUUCUCAAAACUGUUCUUGUUCUUAGAACUUAUUACGGACUGUUAAGUACUACAGAAACGCGUUCAAGCUUACAAUCCUUGUUGUUCGAAUGAUUCUUGUCAGAAAUGAAUGCCAUGUACGUAGCGUUGCGCGAUUGAAGAAAGUGAAACAUAAUUUUUACUUGCUCCGAAUGGAGUUGUACAGUGCCGUGUGUGUGCCCACGUACAAGUCAGCGUUGAUAGUGUGUUUUAUUUCGAGGGGUUUUGUACCGAGUCUUUCGGUUGGUAAUCCACAUCGUGUAACACAAUUUGGUGAACGCGCAAACGGGCACGCAAACACAUAAGAGAACAUACAGGAGGUUCGUAAUGGUCCCUUUGUAUCCGAGACGUGAAUCUUCGUCCGUCCAUUAGGGACGGCAACGUCUGGCGCUUGAAAUUCACGGAUCGGCCGACCCUUAGUUCAUUGACUCUUCAGUCGGGUUCGGCGAUCAUUGCGGCGCAGGUGUCGCGUAAACGGGGGAUUGACGUAAUCUCAGGAAUAAAAUGAAUACAAAAGAUAUCUCGCCACAAGCAUACACGAUGUCCGUCAUGGUGCUCGGGCUGAUUCAGGCCCGAAAUCUUGCCAUAACACUAAAUGGAAUUAAUUGAGGAAUUGGUAGUCUUGGGCUUCAACUUUUAGGUUCAUAAGAUGACGAGAAUGACUAGCUACUGACAUGUAUGUUCGUGCGAGAGAGUGUGCGUGAGACGUAGACGAGAAGAAUGAAGGGAUGAAAAGGAAAGGGUAAAAAGAAGAGAGGAUGUGGGGAAAUAAUGGAGAAAGGAAAACUCUGUGCUGGCUUUCGUUAGCGUAAUUGGGCGUGUGUGUGCAGCCUUGUGCAAGGAAUUAGAACAUAUUUGACACAAGAUAGGGUUAUAUGGUUUAAUGGCAACGGGGAGUACUUAAGAGGAUACAGGUGACUCUCCGGUACUUGUUUCAAAAAUUGCCGUUGUAUAACGUGAAAUUGCAUUUGCGAAAAGAAUUCAAUAUGCGAAGUUUCAGCAUUCCAUUGAGACGACACCGUUAUACACUCGAGACAUUUUUACGAUGUAUACAUUUGUCAAGAAGUAUUGUGAUACAAGUUUUCUUCGACUUUAAUAUCCCGAAGGUAGGGGGAGGGAUAAAGUUGCGUUGUUUCCGAAAGUUAUAAAUUUGCUAUAACUUUUUGAUGACUGCUAUAAAAGGAAAGUGUUUAAGUAAAAAUUUCUACUUUCGACCAAUUGGAAACUGGUCCAUGUAUAAGCGCUCUGAACUAUUCGUAGUAUGUCAACUUGAGUUCACAUUCGGUUAAAGCUAAUCUAUUGUUACGCUUUCAUUACUCUUACUUAAAUUUUUAUUUGUUUUCAUUUAUUCACAGACAUCUUCUCUUUCAAUGAUUUAAAAAUUAUUAUUCAUUUUCGGCCCCUUGAUAGUAAUAACAAAAUUUAAGACAAGUUUAAAUUUGUCGUUGAGAGUCACCUGUAUAUUGUAAGUUUUCGUGCAAUAUUGGAAAUAUGGUAGUUGGAGGGCGAAAAGUAUUCGGGUCCAUCUUAAUUUUUAUGUUUUUCUUUGGGGUGCUUAGACGUAUCGAUCGACCACUAAUACACGAUUAGUAUUUUGAGUCUGAUCGAAUAUGUUCAGUACUAUUGAUAAGAGUUAUUUAUUACAACAAUCAUUAAAAUUGUUUAUUAUAAAAUGGUCUAAGAGAAUAUAUAUCAAAAUGUAUAUUUAGCUUGUCUUUAUGGAAGAUUAGCUUGAAAGGGCGUUUAGGAUCAAAAUUUACCAAGUCUCAAGUCUAUGAAAUAUACUUUAAGGAUGGCAUUAGAUAUUGUUGCAAAAUUUCCCGAAGAAAUUGUUAUCGAAGUAUAAGUCGGACAUUUUGUAUGUAAAAUAAAAUAUAUACGAAUUCUUCGGAGGCCAGGCAAGUUUUGAUCUUGGUUCGUUUCGUCAAUGGAACCCAUAACGCUCUUCGGCGAAAUGUAAUUU